AUGACGGAUGUUGAUUCAGAACCGCCUCCUGCACGGCAGGCGGGACUCGAUCCCCGUCGGCCGCCGUCUCGCCCAAACCCUCAGAUCCCUUUCACCACCGCUACCUCCCCCACCCGUCUAUCGCUGAACUCUCCACGUCCCAACACUACCCGAGACACUGCGCGUGAUAUCACAUCGGGGCCGGACAGCAACAAGCUCUCCCUGGAUAUUCCUCAGGGGGGCGAUGUUAUGGAGCCUAUGAAGACAUUGCAGGAGCUCAUGACGAAGAACUUCGAAAUGAAUACCCUGGCUGCGGAGUGCAACAAAACGAGGGAUCUAGCAUCUAAGGCGGAGAAGCAAUUGGCGUAUGCGAACAUAACCAAAAAUCCCUAUCCAGCUACCGUUGAAAUGUUCCAGAAUGAGUACAAAUUGGCCCAAGAGAGAUAUCUCAAGGCCCAGGCGGAUUAUCGGCAAUCGCAGUCUGAUUGUCAGAGCUUGUCCAAAUCUCUUUCAAUGCAAUGGCUUACUCCUUCCUCGCCUGUCGAGAAUCCCAACUUACCUACUAAGAAUUCAAAGCUCACCCAACUCGAGCAUGAAGUUGGGAAACUGAAUGAAAGACUCGAUCAUUUUCUUCAAAAGGAGCGGGAAUACGAGGAAAAAUUCACGGGCCUGGGCCGGGAGAUCAAGGGCCUACAGGAUCGCAUGCAGAUUCUUCGCGAGAAAGAUUUGGAAGAGCGUGCGCAAUUUUUCGCGAACGUCGAUGCGCAGUUCACAAGCCUCAAUGACAUGAGUAAAACCACAAAGAUAGGAAUGGAGAGCUUCUCUGCUUCUUACGCUUAUCUGAAAUCCCACGUUGAGGAAGUCAAGAAGAACGCAGAAGACAUGGACAGCAAGUUCUCUCAGCUCCAAUCCGAGAUUCAGGCUGUCAAAAAUCUCUCUAGGGACAGCCUGCCACAAUCUGAUCCUGAGCGAUUCCACAAAAUGACAGAGCAGGUCUCAACAUUGAUGACAGCCGUCAGGUCCCUUGAAAUGCGGUAUAACAACAUUUUUACCGAUGAUAUCGUGAGUUCUAUGGUCCACGCCAUGAAUGAAAUGUAUCCGAAUUUCCCGGGGCGCGUAUUUGAUCAGUUGAAAGAGUUGCGGCUGCAGAUCCAACAAGUGUCGUCUAGGACUCCAGGGCAAGACAUGCAAGCCACAUCCCAACUCAACGAAAAAGUUGAGAGCGUCAUGUCUUCUUUGGAGUCUUUGAAGAAGUCUCAAACCCCUCACAGAGAGGCGAUGGAUCGAGACAUGACGAAGAUCCGCAAUGGCCUUCACGAGUUACAGGAGGCUUUUAAGGCCACAUCGAAGCCAGGCGAUGAUUUGCGGAUCAUAAAUCGAGACCUGAUGAAGAUUCGUAACGAUCUACACGAGCUUCAGAACCAAACUGCGUCACGCCAGACAGCCUUUGAGUCCUUUGGCGAACACUACCAAGAAGACCUGACUCAGCUGACACAAGACGUAGAAUCAAUCAAAUCGCAAUUGAAAGACGCAAUCGCUAAUGCUGGUUCUCUUGUAUGUCAUCCAGAACGGAUCGACGAUUCCCACCCAUCGGCUACUCAAGCUGAGCAAGCCGCGGGUGUCCGUGAAGAGAUACCCGAGGAUAGAAGUGGAGUCGCCCAGCAACUAGAACGGGUGAACACAAAAGUGCAUCAGAGUCCUGAAGGUCUGACUCAGCACCGUUCAAAUUCCCAAAUCCCGCGCGGGCUAUUUAGUCUCUCUAAUCUGAAUGAGCAUCCACCUCAGCGAGCCCUACCCAGUGCCAUCGCAAAAAGAAAGCGGUCUCAAGGAUCGGAUAGGGGGGGCCGCCUCAAACACUCCACAAAUUCAGCCAUCGACUCUAUCAUCGACUCUGUCAUCCGAGAAGAAAAAGAAGAAGGGCAAGGAUGCUUAAUGAUGGAGCGAGCGGUGGACCGAACCUUGUAUUGA